CGGCCGCAGUCGCCCCUCGCUCGCCUCCGCCAUGGCCGGACUCCGGGGCCCCGGGGGGCCCAGCAGGGGCCCCUCCCCCGUCGCGGUGCUGCUGCUGCUGCCGCUGCUGCUGCUGGGGGGGGGCCGAGGGGGCGUGGCCACGCCGGGCUUCCUGGAGGAGCCGUCCAAUGGGAGCGUGCGGCUGGGGGGGGAGGCGGAGCUGCGCUGCGCCGUGGGCCCGGGGGGGGCCGUGCAGUGGGCCAAGGACGGGCUGCUGCUGGGGGCCCCCCCCGGCCCCGCCCACCCCCGCUACCGAUUGGCCGGCGACCCGCGGCGAGGCCAGCACCACCUGCGCAUCGUGGGGGCGACGCUGGGCGACGACGGCGCCUUCGAGUGUCAACUGGGAGCCGCCAACGGCAGCCGCCCCCGGGCGUCGCGGCCCGGCCUGCUCACCGUGCUGGUGCCUGCGGAGCGGCCGGUGCUGGCGCUGCCCCCCGGGGGCCCCACGUGGGUGGCCGGGACCCCCCAGGAGGUGCGGUGCCGCGCGGGGGGGCGGCCCCCCCCCGCCGUUACCAUGGCGCUGGGGGGGCAGCCGCUGGCCGACGUCUCCUCCCGCCUCAUCGAGGGCUCCGACCCCAAACUCAGCUCCACCGAGGCCUCCGUGCGGCUGACGCUGGCCCCCCCCGACCACGGGAAGCAGCUGCUCUGCUCGGCCACCAACGAGGCCACGCGGGAGCCGGCGCAGGCCACCGUCACCGUCGCCGUCCUCUUCCCGCCGGAGGCGCCGACCAUCGAGGGCCUGGAGGGGCCGUGGGUGCGAGCGGGGGCCACCCUGCGCCUGGAGUGCGUCGCCCGGGGGGGGAACCCGCCCCCCGCCCUGCUCUGGGACAAGGACGGGGUGCCGCUGGCGGGGGCCUGGUCCAGCGGGGGCCCCGGGGGGGGGUCGCGGAGCCGCCUGACGCUGCGGGUGACGCCGGGCGACGGGGGGGCCACGCUGGGCUGCCGCGCCGAGACCCCCGCCGCCCCCCCCGGGGGGGGGGCCCGCGCCACCCGCACCCUCCGCGUCCACUACCCGCCGGCGGAGGUGACGCUCGCGGGGGGCCCCGGGGUGGCCGAGAACGCGACGCUGGCCCUGUCCUGCACCAGUGCUCCCAGUAACCCCCCCGCCCGGCUGCGCUGGUGGCUGGGCGGGAGGGAGCUGGGCCCCGCCCACAGCAGCCGCAGCCAGGCGGCGGGCGGCGGCUGGGUGACGGUGUCCAACGUGACGGUGACCGGGCGCCGGGGCGACCACGGGCGCCCGCUGCUCUGCCAGGCCCUGACCCCCGGCCUGGGCCCCGGCCCCAGCGCCAGCCUCGUCCUCAGCGUCGCCCACCCCCCCCAGGAGCUGUGGCUGGAGGCGCCGGAGCCCAACGUCACCCUGCGGGUGGGGGCCCGGGUGCGGCUGGUGUGUCACGCCCGGGGGGGGCACCCGGGCCCCCGCCUCGCCUGGCACAAGGACGGGCGCCCGCUGAAGGAGGGGGCCCAGGCGUCCGCGGGGGCGGUGGUGACGCGGGAGCUGCUGGUGACGGUGGCCCCCAGCGACAACGGGGCCACUUACCGCUGCGACGCGGCCACCGAGCCGGGGACCCCCCCGCUGAGCGCCAGCACCCGCCUCCGCGUCCUCUUCCCCCCGCUCUCGGUGACCAUCGCGGCGGCUCCCCGGCAGCCCCGGCGGGGCCAGACCCUGGUGCUGACGUGUGAGGCCGGCAGCGCCCACCCCCCCCCCCGCAUCGCCUGGCACCGCCAGGGACACGCGCUGCAGGGGACGGCGCUGCCGCUGAGCCCGGGCGACUUCGGGGGCGUCACGGCAACGUCACGCGUGUGGCUGCGUGUCGGCCUGGCGGAGCAGGGCCAGUGGGUGACGUGUGCCGCCACCAGCCCCGGCCUCGACGUCACCGUCAGCGCCGCCCACCAGCUCACCGUCCGCCACGCCCCCGAGUUCGCGGCGGGCCCAGGCGUCCGGGUGGUGGCCCGGGAGCUGGAGGGGGCCCGGCUGCCGCUGGCCGUCACCGCCUUCCCCCCCGUGGAGGGCUGCACCUGGAGCCGGGCCGGGCGGCCCCUGCGCCCCGAGGGGUCCCCCCGGCACCGCCUGGCCGAGGGGGGGGCCCUGGCCAUCGACAACGUCACCCGGGGGGACGCGGGGACCUACGGGGUCGAGUGCCGCAACGCCGAGGGGGCGGCCAGCACCCACGUGCUGCUCCUCGUCCACUACCCGCCGGCCAUCCGGCGCCUGCCCGACCCGGUGCUGGUGGAGGAGGGGGGCAGCACCGAGCUGCUGUGCGAGGCCGAGGGGAGCCCCCUGCCCCCCCCCAGCCUGCAGUGGGGCCGGCUGGCGGAGGCCUCGCAGGGCCCCGGCCCGGGGGGGCUCCCCGCGGAGCUGCUGCCGGAGGGGGGGGCCCCCCUGGGGCGCCUGCGGGUGCCGGUGGCCCGCCGGGACCUCAGUGGCCCCUACGAGUGCCGGGUCGACACCGGCGUCCCCCCCCCGGCCCGGGCCACCGUCCGCCUCAUCGUCCGCUACGCCCCAGAGCUGGAGGCAGGGCCGGAGCCCGAGCGGGUGCUGGUGCCGCCCGGGUCGGACACGGCGGAGCUGCGGUGCCGGGCCCAGGGCGUCCCCGGGGUGCAGCUGCGCUGGGAGCGCGACGGGCGCCCGCUGGGGGCCGGCGAGACCAGGUACCAGGAGCGGCAGUGGCGCGAGGGGCCCUGGACCCACGGCGUCCUCACCGUGGCCAACGUGAGCCUGGAGCGGGCGCAGAGCCGGGCGCCGGGCCGGCCCCCCACCCACAACCGCACCCGGACCCUGGGCACCUUCGUCUGCGUCGCCCAGAACCCCCUGGGCACCGCCCGGCGCCGCCUCCAGCUCCAGCUCGCCGACCGGCCCGACGCCCCGGGGGGGCUGCGGGUGCUGGCGGCGACCCCCACGUCGCUGAGCCUCAGCUGGCGGCCCGGCUUCGACGGGGGGCUGCCCCAGAGCUUCCUGGUCAGCGCUUCCGGUCCUGGCGCCCCCCCGGCCCCGGCUGCCCUCCUGGUGCCGGGGCCCCCCGUGACGCUGGGGGGGCUCCGCCCCGCCACGCCCUAUGACGUCACCGUGCGGGCGCGCAACGCGCGUGGCGACAGCCCCGCCGCCGCCAUCGCCGCCGUCACUGCCGAUCUGCCCCAGGAGCCGCCGCCGCCGGGGGAGGAGCCGCCGCCGCCGCCCCCCGCAGCUGAGCUCCGUGGGGUCGGGGGCCCCCCCCAGCGAGACGCCGCCCUGGGACCCCCCCGCGGGUUUCGACCCCCACCCCUACGAGGACGUGCUGGACUGGGGGGGCUACGAGGAGGUGCCCCCCCCGGAGCUCCCGGCCCCCCCGCACCCCCCCGUCACCCGCUGGGGGGAGCUGGUCUGAGCGGGGUCGCGACCCCAAUAAACCCCGCCCCCGCGGGGGAGGAGCCAACCGGCGUCACGUGUCUGAAUGGGGGGGUGGGGCCGGACGCCUGGGCCCCCCCGGACGCCUGGGCCCCUCCCCGGUCGCCUGGGCCCCUCCCGGACGCCUGGGCCCCUUACGGGUUACCCUCCCCCCCCCCAAAUCCCAGCCACUCGCUCCAGCCAAUCAGCAGGGCACCUCAUUAA